UUUUCUCCCUUUGUGCAACGUUCUCUGUGCCUCCGGCCUUCGCUCCCAGGUGAGAGUUGUCGUCUCGCUCGCCCCCCGAUUCUCCCAACCCCGUUUCCUGCUGCCCACCUCCUCCUCGGAUGCGUUCGAGACGGCCAAUCGCUGCCUUCUGUGGAGUAUUUUAGGGCUCCUCCGGCUCCGUAGGUCUCGGGGAGUGCUUCCAGCAUCCGAUUGCGAAAACGCGGUCGUGGUGGGCGGAAUUUGGUGCUCGCUUGGAGAGUUGAGGUCUUGGCUGGGGAUUUUAGGGGUUUCUUGCUUUUUAUGCAGGUCUGAAGAAGUUCGCAUGUGGUUUCUUUGAGGCGUGUCGAAGUCGCGGUGAUUUGAUCUAUGGAUCGAGCUCCGAUGUGCUGUUCGGCUCUAUUUAGGGGGUUGUGUGGCGUUAGAUCUUGAAAGGGCGGGAUAAUCAGGGGAAAGGUGGAAUUCGAGACUAUCUUUACAAUGAUUUGUGAGGUUUUAUCAGAAGAAAGUAAAAUCUCUGGAUCUUGGUACCGUUACAUCUGAAAUUUGGAUGAAUUUUGAUGUUAUUUGUGUCAGCACAUCAGGAUUAAAUUUCGAGUUCUGAUCCUAGGUGUCUUUCAAUCUUUGUUUCUUCAAGUGUAAUUCUGCAAGUGGUCUGAGUUCUUGAUGAUUUUGGAUUCGGGGAGAGUCUGUCUGUUUGUCUGAAGUUUGAACAUUUCAGGAUUUGGUGUUGAUGUUGAGCGUGAAAGUUGGGAGAUUAGAUGAAACUUUUUCCUUUGUCUUAAUUAGGUGGUCGGUUUUUUCUUUCAUGGAUCUUGGGAAGAUUUCAGACCUUCUGAUUUAGAAGAUGAAGGUGGAUGGAGAUGUAUGCGGCUUAAUGCGGUUUUAAGGCUUUAAUUUUGUUGGGUCCGGCAGUUGUGUAGUUUUGAAGUCAUCUGCAGAACCAGGGGAUUUUUGUAAUGGUAGAAAUUUGAUAUCUUGGUGUUCUCAGAGACUCCGCAUUUUGCAAUAACUGAAAGCGGAGUAGCUCUGAGGGUUACAAGGAAGGGAAAUGAUCGAACAGUUCAUCAAUUUUGUGAUUCGACCUCCUAGGGCAGAGUAUAACCCAGACCAGUAUUUAUGGGAAUCAGAAUUCUCUUUUGCAAGCAGAAAAUUCAAACGCCUAGACUUGGAGCUUACAAAUGCAAGAGGGCAUACCUUGCAGUGCAGUCACUACGUUCCCUCUGAUAUCCCAGAAAACAGCACUCUUCCUUGUGUUAUUUACUGCCAUGGAAAUAGUGGAUGCAGAGCAGAUGCAAAUGAAGCCGCCGUAAUCCUUCUUCCUUCGAAUAUUACGGUCUUCACUCUUGACUUUUCAGGCUCAGGACUAUCUGGAGGUGACCACGUCAGCCUUGGUUGGCAUGAGAAGGAUGAUCUCAGAGUUGUGAUCUCUUUCCUGCGGAGCAAUAAGCAAGUUUCUUGUAUAGGCCUUUGGGGGCGUUCCAUGGGUGCUGUCACAAGCCUUCUUUAUGGAGCAGAAGACCCCUCUAUUGCUGGCAUGGUGCUAGAUAGUGCAUUCUCUAACUUAUUCGAUCUAAUGAUGGAGCUUGUGGAUGUUUACAAAAUUCGACUUCCCAAAUUUACAGUCAAAAUGGCGCUUCAGUACAUGCGGCGUGUUAUUCAGAAGAAGGCCAAAUUUGACAUUAUGGAUCUAAAUGCUGUACAGUUCGCACCAAAGACCUUUAUUCCAGCAUUAUUUGGACAUGCUUCUGAGGACAUAUUUAUUCAGCCACAUCAUUCUGAUCUUAUUUACCAGGCAUAUGCGGGAGACAAGAAUAUUAUCAAAUUUGAGGGUGAUCACAACUCCCCUAGACCACAAUUUUACUAUGAUUCUGUUUCAAUUUUCUUUUACAAUGUCCUUCAUCCCCCUCAAAUACCUACGACAUGCUCAAGUAAGGUGGAGAGGUACUAUGAUUUAGGAGGUCUGAAUAUUGCUGCUGGUACAGAUGAGAGUUUAUUGCAUGAGAUCAUUGCUGGUCUCCGUGCAGCUCGAACCAAUGCAGCAAGUUCCUCGUCAGCUCCUCCUAGCAAUCCAAAUGGUUCGACCACAAAAUCGAUAGUUGAAUUGCUAUCAGAAAGUGUAGCUAAUAUGUCUGUAAAUAAUGAGUUGGAUUCUGUUAUUGAUCAUGACAAUACUGCUACUGGAAUAGGUGGGAAUAGUGUGGAAGAAUCUCAUUUGCAGGAGAACUCGAAGGAACAAAAUGAUGAAUGCUGCUCCUAUACAAGCUCAAACAGGGAGAGCUGGGGAAGGUGUUCAUCUCUGGGGGGAGCAAGCGAGGGAUCAUCCUCAGCAGAGUGUGCUGGAAGUUCAAAUAGCAAAAGCCAGCAUAUGACACUUAAGGCACUCGCAUCACCUCUGAGACGGAUACAAUGGAAGUCAUCUGCUAAGCUAAAGGAGAAGAAGGGCAGCCCAAUAUUGAGGAAAUCAAAGCGCGAGAAGCUUGAGAAGGGGGAAACAUUAGGCGAACGCCUGCGGCUCUGCUUUCUGGGUCGAGCCAACCACAAACGACACCGUUCAUCUUGACCUACUCUCAACCAUGUAGUUUUGUAUCAUAACAGUAAUUUUCUGAGAAGGUAUUGUUACCUCUCUCUCUCCCCCCCUCCUCGCCCCCAGCCACCACCCCCCAUUAUUUUCCUUUACUUUAGCUGGUGAAUAUCUAGUUGAUGAAUGAUGAUUCCACUUAAAUCUGAGAAAAGCGAUUUGACCCGAACC